GAACAUGACAGUGGGCGCCUCAAGACGUGGCGCUUAACGCGCUGAGGUCCAAACGCUUUGUUCGCGUGCCAGAGACUUUGUCGCACUUGCCCUGUUGUCCUUCUUGACGCGGGUGGACUGUGACAGUCAAUCGCUACCCACGUAGUUAAGCUAAAGUUAGCUGACUGCUACCUCAUGUGUGAUCUGCUGUUGUACCCCAAGUGCAGCUAGCGGCGUGCCUGUGUAUUUGUGGCUAUAUGUGGACAUUGUAACAGUAAAUACUGUCACCUUGUAGGUGUUUUAAAGGCAACAUCUAGGCCUUUACAGUGUGUAGUAGUUAUCCCCAAGUCUUGGUCUUUUCCGACGGAAUUAACAUUGUUAAAGCUAAUCUCUUGUCGGGCCGCCCAGUUGGGCUAGCAGACUUGCUAACAUACUGGCUAGCUUCGCUUCAGUUUGCCUCUGGAAAUCAGAUGAAGUAACUUCACCCCGAUCAGCGCGGAAAGGCGUGUGUCGUCUUGAGGAGGGGCAUUUUAGUGCUCUAAAUCGGUUGUCAUGAACGAUUGUGUGAAAGUAGCUCCUUUAUGACUGCGGAAAGCCCCAGAUGGUGCAUUCUAGUUGGGAAACGCGGGCAGCCGUCAGUCAGAUGAACUCGUCUGGUCUGAUGACUCAUCCAACAUCUUGCGUUAGCUCCAGAAUUUUCCGUUUAUUUUUAGGAAGUGGGGCUUGAGUUGCUGUGACUGUGCAGGUGCUAUUACCUGAAUGCUGCUUUGGUGUCAGGGAAAUUGCUGGUUGGGGGCGGGCUCCUCAAUUGUUGGUUUUUGCAGAAAGAAACUGAUGAACUAAGUUCAAAUUCGUAACACUGGAAUUAUUCCCCCUAGUUAAUUGUUGGGACCAAUAUUCAUUCUCAGGCUUUGUGUACGUUUGUUAAGAGUUAACUAUAACCAUGAUAAACAUGUUCUAAUACUGUACAAGACAUGAAUGAAUUUGAAAAUCCCAUUCAAUACCUCCUCAAUAUUCUGGUUGAGUUUUAAUAUGCGAUUAUUUUUUUCAAGCUCUUCUUCCAAUGUUUUUUUUUGUAAUGAAAGCAAUAAAUCUGUAUGUAGCACAGUAUACACUAUUUUACUAUGCAUAAAUGUUUUAGUCUUUUCAGAUAGGUGCAUUGAGUCGGUUUCAGUUUCUUUUUUCCCCAGACAAAAGUUUUGUUUUCCAGUAAAGAGAGAAUUGUCUAAUGCUGUCAGCUCUGACGAAGGCUGAACUGACAACUGAAACUGUCAGCAAGGACAACUGGGAUGAUGAGGAAGACGAGGAGAAAAAAGAACUGAACAAGACGGAGGUAAAGGUUCCUGAAAAGAAAAAGUUGAGUGAGAAAAUUAAAGAGCGAGAAAACCGUUUGAAGAAAAAACAACAGGAGUUGCAAGAAAAAGAAUUGGAAGAAGAGCUCACCCCUGAAGAACAACUCGCAGAGAAGUUAAGAGUGCAGAAGCUUCAGGAAGAUGCAGACUUGGAGUUGGCAAAGGAUGCCUUCGGAGUUGGCGGCUCUUCAGUAGCUGGAAUUGAUGCAAUGUGUCCCUCUUCCAAAGAAGAAUUCACAGAGUUUGAAAAAUUGCUGAAAGAAAAGAUAUCCCAGUUUGAGAAAUCGGUGCACUAUUCAAGUUUCUUGGACUCCUUGUUUCGGGAACUCUGUAUUUCAUUGGAAGUGGAUGAUUUGAAGAAAGUCAGUAAUUCCCUCUCAGUUCUACUUAGUGAAAAACAGAAACAAGAAAAGCAAAACAAAGGGAAAAAAAAGAAGAAAGGUGUCGUACCCGGUGGCGGUUUGAAAGCACAGAUGCGAGACGACUUGGACUAUGGCGGCUUUGACGGCGGCUACGCCCAAGACUACGAGGACUUCAUGUGACACAGGCUCCAUGGCAAUAGUCCCGGUGCCCUUCCGACCCCGAAUUUUGCAGCUCUACCUUAUGCUGUCCAGUGCCAUCCUGGAAGUUCAGAACUAUGUGUUGCACCCUUCAUCUUGCUUCAGUGACUUCAGGGACUGUGCUGGAAGCUUCCAGUCUCACCUUUUGAUUUAUGUUCAGACAUACGGAAUUGCCUUUUAACUCUCUUCAUACAGCCUGGACUCAUAUGCACACACCCGAAUAAUUAAGUUUUUAUCUGUUGGGUAACCCUGCUUCAAGGAAGUAUACUUUGGAACUGCUGUUGUCUGUUGUCAGAGCUCAUUUUCAAUGGAAUGUUGCUUCUGUUCCAAAAGCAGACUCAGUAUUAGAGUUAUACAUGUAGUGACAUAGAAACAGAAGGUUCUAUGCAAAUUCUUAAACCAGAAUGUCAUGUGUAUAUAUUUUAGGUCUCACUUGAGGAUGGUUCUCUUACAGAUGAGUAUAUAGUAUCUAUAACCGGUUGCCAAAUACAAAUAAUUCAACCCACUAUUCAUGUUUUCAACUGCAGAGGUUUUGUUCUGGGGCCCUGAAACUGACAUCGAAGUGGAGAAUGUAUGUUUACAGAAAGCACACUGUUAGCUGAAAGGUUAAAGGGAAGGGUAAAGAAUUAUGAAUUGACUUCAAAACUUGACUGCCAUUCUAUUGAGAUGUCUCUGGAUCUCCUCCAACAAUUGGAGGCAAGCGUAUUAACUGGUAUUUUUUUUUUGGUGCAUUGCAAAUGAAAUUUGCCAUACCGUACGAGUGCUUGAAAACAUUGGAUCGGCGAGAUUGGAACAACUGAAUAAAAUGGUCUCCUAAUCAUUA